GAUAAUUUAACGUUCGAAUUUUGAAUUAAUUUAAUCAUUUUAUAAUUGUAGAAAUGACCAUGGGAGCUCCGUCCGACAGGAAGUGUUCACAGAGGAACCGCAUCAAAUAUACUCCGGAACAGCUGGAACGCCUGGAGAGGGAGUUCGGGGUUUCCCACUAUCCGGACACGGCUACUAUGGAGGACCUGGCUUUAGUGCUAGACGUCAGCCUCGACCGUGUGUCGAUAUGGUUCCAGAACAGGCGUUCCAAGUUCAAGCGUCAGUCCAAGGACAGUCACGUGACAUGGAUGAGGAAGCAGAUCUUUAACCAGGAUACAGCUUCCACUUCCUGUAGUAUCGUCCAGCCCAAGUUUGUUUCCCAGCGCCACGUGCUGUCGGCGCCUUCAUACUCACCCAGUCGGAGGCGAGAUAUCUCGUGGCACCGACAACCGUCCUCCAAUCUCAGUUAUCUACCGUCGCCACACGCCAUAUUUGACCAACAAGUGGAUGUCCAUCAUGCCCAUGUUCAGCCGCCAUCGCCAAACGGAAGUCACUGUUCCGCUAUACCGGAAACAGCGUUCUAUGCAUACUCCCAGUACCCCACCCCAGGAGGACACUCGCCGCCCCAGUCACCACCCGCAUCAUCGCCACUGUCACCGCGCGCAAUGAUGUUUUCCCAACUGAUGAGUGAAGGUCAUCAGAUGAUCCCCUCCACCACUACAUACCAGAUGAGUACCAACCAAGCGCCACCUAGUUGCGUAUUCGCCGACCAUUACAACCCCAUGCCAUUCUAUCCAGCCUGCUCUACGCCCUUUUCGUCCCGACCCCAGCUGACGGGGUUGUGAUACUACACUACACAAAUUAAUAUCACAGAAUGUGCUAUGAUACUCGGUGACUAAAUCAGACACUAAUUUGUACAGUGUUGUGUAUAUAUACUGGUAAUUAUUGGGCCGAUGUAAAUAUACUUGUGUUAGGCGCUGUAUUUUGGACAGUAAAAUACAGAUCUAGACAAUCUCCAUUAUUGUGAAUUUCAUGGAUUUUUUUUGUUAAGUAUAUGAUGCCUUGUUUCUAAUCCAAGGAUUCUCAUGUUUUCUACUGGACGAUCACACUGUUGUUUUCAUAUUCGCCUCAUCACAUUUAGUCCACAUGCGUGAAGUGUUGACAGCCUAAAUAAGUUAAUUUCUUCUAUUUGUGCAUGUGGAUAAAGGGUUUUCAAAAACAUUCUUCUGUUCAUUAAACUGGUGAAAUAUAUGGAUAUAGUAAUGACAAUGAUUGUGAUCAAAAUACAUUGAUACAAGGUACAUGGGAAGAUGGUGUCCUUGAAUUGGUAAUGACUGACUACUUAUAGCAUUUCGGAGAGAAUAUUCAUCCAACAGCAACAAUUUUACCUCAGUUUUCGCAGGGACGUCUAUAUUUUCGUUAAAGUAUUUUUUGUUGUAGUAAUAUAUUGGGUAACUUUGUGUGAACUUCGUUACAGAGACAUAUUGUUUUGGUAAUGUAUCGGAGUAAACAAACUUGUGUGUACUUGUACAUAAAUAAAGAUACCACGU